GUUUCUUUCUUUUUUUUUUUCCUUCCCUCUUUUUCUCCUGUGUCACAUUAUCUAGGGUUUGCUGAAAUCUGUACCACUAGAUCCAGAAGCGUGUGUAAUCCUAAAUUUGAAGGAUAUUUAGGCUUGUAGGGGUUUCGAUUUCGUCUCAUUAUCUCGAAUUAGCGUUUGGUUUAUUCGAGAAUUUUGAACAUUUAGGGUUUUGCUGGUUUUGGUUAACCACAAUUUCUUAAUUUGGCUUCUGAGAAUGGGUUUUUGGGGCUUCUAAUUACGUUAGUUUCCCAUUAGUUUGCGUUUGUUUUGGGCCUUUUUCGGUUUGUGAAUUCACCUGGUGCUUCUACAGUUGGUGUUUGAUCUCUGAGAAAUUUUUGGGAGUUUCAGGGUUUAGGCUUGUUUUGUUUGGCUUUUAAUUGUCUCUAAAUUGGCUUUCUUUGGGUGAAAGUUUUAUUAUAGUUUUGGUUUUAAUGGCGAAGGUGGGUGAAGAGGACGUUGAAUAUGAUAGCGAUCCUGAGGAGGAAAAGCGCAUGCUGGGGAUUAGAAGACGUGAAGCGGCAAGCGACGAUGAGGAAGGCGAAGGGGAAGACAAAACAGGAAUGGAUCGUAGGGCCAUUCACUCUGAUGAAUUGGAUGUUCAGGGUGGGGCUGAAUAUGAGAGCGAUCCUGAGGAGGAAAAGCGCCUGCUGGGGAUGAGAAGACGUGAAGCGGCAAGCGACGAUGAGGAUGGCGAAGGGGAAGAGAAACCAAGAAUGGAUCGGAGAGCCCUUCACUCUGAAGAAUCCGAUGGCCAGGGUGGGGCAGCAGAAUAUGAUGAUGAUGGAGAGGAAGUAGAAGGGGAAGAUGAUGAAGAAGAGGUCUAUGAAGAUGAAGAAGAGGAAGAAGCUUAUGAGGACGAGGAAGAGGAAGAUGAACUUGAUGGGUUUGAUGAAGGGAAAGAAGGGAAUGCGGAGAGAGGAGGAGGUGGUGGUGGAGUGGAGGUUAAGGUGAAGGAAGUAGAGGGGAGGAAGGUGGAGGAAGGGGCAGAUGUGAAAGCAGCGGAGAAUCAUGUGGAGGAGGAGGAGGAUGAAGAGGGGAGAAAGGAGAAUGAACCAUUUGCAGUACCCACUGCUGGUGCUUUUUACAUGCAUGAUGAUCGGUUUAGAGACAAUGCUGGUGGUCGACACAGGAGAACAUAUGGCGGAAGGAAGUUGUGGGAGUCCAAAGAUGACAAGAAAUGGGGGCACGACAAGUUUGAGGAGAUGAAUUUGCAGGAAAGGCAUUAUGAACAGGGAAGAAGGGGUUCUAAAGGUAAUUUUCGAGGUCGUGGUGGGAAAAGUCGAGCUCCAGACCGUGGAUAUGCUAGAAGGAACAAAUCUAAAACGUUCAGCAAUGGUAACAAUCAGAGUCAGCCACCUAAAGGUGUGAGAGGGAGGGGGCCUAGAAAGUAUGAACCUACAUGGAAGACCGGCAGCCUGGCACCUCCAGCACAAAACAAACAGCCUGAGAAGUCAUUAGAUAAAACUUCACAUAAUAAUUCUGGGAGAGCUUUUACUCCAACACCAAAUACAGAACCUGAUCAAGUGCUUCCUGCCAGAAAACAUUCAAGCUUGAGUUCUGCUUCUCCUCCUUUUUAUCCUUCUGGAUCUUCGAAUAAAGAUAUUCCUUUGACUCAGAAAAGGAAUGUACAAGCUGGAAGUACAAGCAGGAAUAUUCGUACUUCUGUUAUCAAUGAAAGUUUCUCCAUGCAGAAAGCCAGUGCAUUGGCACGGGGGAAGAAUAUAGCUGAUUCUGUUGGUAUUGACAAGCUUUACAGUGAUGAUUCUGUUACUUCAGUGGCUGGGAAGUCCUUGAACACUAUGCAAAUGUCACCUGGAUCUUCCUUGGUCAAUACCAUGCAAUCCUCUCAAUCUAGAACUCAAGGAAGGGGUGUAGCUAUUUCAAGUCAGACGACUUAUCAAUCAGCCCCUGUGCAAAACCAAGUCAACAGAGCCUCAUCUGCAACACAGCCCCAUUCUGUUCAGCGGAGUCCUGUUCAAAAUCGUGCCCAACCUUCUGUCCUAGCUCCUGGUCAGCAGUUCGGACAGCGUACUGGUACUGGAUCUCAAGCUUCUUCACCCCCAAAAACAGUUUUGUCAAUAAAUUCGUACGAGUCUGGGGAGACUGAAACUACUUCAGAAUCAAGUAAAUCUAAAGGUGCAUUGGUUGGAAAGGGAAAAGAAAGCAUUCAAGGGAGCGGAAGAGGCUCUUUUCUGUAUGGCGGUACACAGGUUAUGGGAGCAUCAGGGAAUAUGGGUGUUGGUCAUGGUGAUCAGAACUUUCCUGCAACUCCAGCCUUCUUGCCAGUUAUGCAAUUUGGGGGCCAGCAUUCCGGUGGUAUUGGAGUUCCUGCUGUUGGCAUGGCGUUUCCUGGAUAUGUUGCUCAACCUCAACUUGGUUUAGGAAAUUCUGAAAUGACAUGGCUACCAGUUUUGGCUGGUGCUGCGGGUGCUUUAGGGGCUACUUAUUGUUCACCUUAUAUUGGCGUUGAUGGGGCUUAUCAUGCUCGCCCAUCUGGACAGACAUCUUCUGUGGGUUCUUCGAGCAAAGAGAGUGACAAUAUUAACAAGUCCAAUAAUGAAUGGAAACCUUCUCAGAGACCUGAGCUUGUGAAUGAUGAGUUUGGGCAAAGACAAAAGCCUCGCAGAUACUCAGAGAUGGAUUUUAAGCAGCCAAGUACAAGUACUUAGAUAAGGAGGACCAUAUUUGAAUAAGCAUAUAAAGGCCCUUGAUCUGGCCCCGUCUGUUCUCCAAAGUCUGUUCUGGAGUGCUUUGGGCUGCAAUAUGCUCCAGGAUAUUUUAGCUAUAUGAUAAAAACACCUGCUCAUGCUGCAUUCAAUUUAAGAACAAAAUUGUGGCUUGACGGGUGGUAGUUUCUUGUUUAAAUGUGAGGUUUUCUUGUGGUUUGGUUUUUUAGUGAAGCUUGAGAGAAAUGUAUGCGGGCUUCUCCAAAAACUAUAUACUAAAAAAAUUUGAAGAAGAACAAGAACUAUUGUGCAGAAGCUGUUUGGUUGGUAACGUUGAGUUUUCCUAUUUAUAUAAGUAGAUGGUGUUUGAGUUUUCCAACCGACUUUUGAUGACCUUAACUUUGUGGUUGAGUCUGGUUUCGAGAGUACUUUAAUGUGGGAUUUCUAUUUAGAUGAGGACUGCCUACUUGGUAAAGAUACUGCAGGGUAGAGAAUUUAAUUGUUAAGUGGACAAAUAUUGUGUUGACAAAUGCUUUUUAAAGCUAUGGACUGGGCUAUGAUUUAAAUGUUACUCUUGUUCAUGUUAUGACGAAAUUGAGGCAAUAAAUUUUCUGUGCCGCAUUAAUAUUUUA